AUGGAGAGAAAGGAACCGAAGCGGCCUGGAACCGAAACAACACCAAAGCAAGACUCGACGAAACAGCAUCAAUCUGAUGUUUUUCAAAAACACGAGCAUGUCGAGCUACUCCCACCUCCCACAAGCAACGAAAAAAAUCCAACCUCCGAGCAACUACCUGCACAGGGUCUCGAUACGUUCAGAGACGAUGACGGUUCCGUUCCUAAGGGGCAAGAUGACAAGGACAUCGAUGACAGGGAUGUGUUGCGAGGUCUCAACAUUGCAAUAUCGGCUGCUUGUGAUGAAGAGGUCGACGCUUGGAUCCGGCAAAAGACGGGCGUCCGUAUUCGUCGAUUUUUGGCGGACUUGAAGGCCUUUGAGACUCUUGGCGACGAGAGUCAGCCGGAUCCAGCCAAAGAACGUGCGAGGAAAAGACGGGCCGACUCGAGAAAACUCAAGGCGCAGAUCCGGCAGUCCAAGGCCGCCAGGGAGGCAAGAGCGCAGUGA